AUGUUCAUUCUUAGCACGAUACAAGACCUGAUCCAGCUCAAACCCCAGGACUUCGGCAAACCCUCCGCCCAGACCAUCAAAGACGCCAUCAACGACAAAUACAGCAACAAGAUCGUUCCCGGCGUCGGUCUCUGCAUUGCGCUAUGGGACCUGCUUUCCGCCACAGAAGGUCUCAUCGGCCACGGCACGGGCCUCGUCAACAUCAACGCUGAGUUCCGCCUGGCCGUCUUCCGCCCUUUCCGCGGCGAGAUCAUCUACGGACGAAUCAAGAGCUCGAAUCCAGAGGGUAUUGUGAUUGAUUUGGACUUCACAAGUGAAAUCUUCGUCCCGUAUCAGAAUCUCUUUGAGAACUCGAGCUUCAAUCAGGCGGAGAACGUGUGGGUGUGGAACUCGGAUGGCACCGAGCUGUUUCUAGACAAGGGAGAGCCUGUGCUGUUUAGGGUUGAGCAGGAAGAGUGGAUCGACCAGAGGCCGACGAUUGAGCAGAGGAACGAGAACAACGAGAUUGUUGACGAGAGGGGAACGGCUUGGAGGGUGAUUGGCUCAAUGAACCAGGCAGGUCUAGGACCAACACUCUGGUGGGGUGAACAGGAAGAGGAAGAGGAAGGCGAAGACGGGGACGUCGAGAUGGAAGAAGAGUGA